AUGGAUGGCCUUGAGGGCCUCGACAAGAAAAACCUCUCCGCUGAACACCUCGAAGUCGUCGGUGUCCAGAGUGAACACAAUAUCGAGUGGCUAUCACGAUUCCCACUCAUUGCCGAUAAGUCGCCCGAAGAGCUUCGCAAGAUCGAAAAGACACUGCUUCGAAAACUUGACUGGAUAUUCUUGCCUGUAGAUCUAGGAAUGGACGACACAACGUACAGUCUUGGAAUCAGUGCCUUCUACAUUGGCUACAUCAUCUCCCAGCUCCCUGCCACCAUCUAUCUAGCCCGAGGCAGACCGCAAAUUCAGAUGCCCAUUCACGUCGUUAUCUGGUCAGCCAUUACGGCAUGUAUGGCUCUCAUGAGCAGCGGAUGGUCAUUUGUCCUCUGUCGCUUCCUGGUCGGAGUAGCUGAAGGCCCUUUCCUACCAAUGGUCAGCUUGAUGAGUUCUUCGUGGUACACAAAAGAGGAGGCACCCUUGCGCAUGGCGAUCUGGCAUGCAGGCAACAUUGCAUCCAACGUCUUCUCUGGUCUUCUCGCAGCAGCAAUUCUUACCACGAUGCAAGGCAUCCAUGGUAUAGCUGCUUGGAGCUGGUUCUUCAUCAUUGAAGGAUGUGUCGGUGUCUUUGUUGGCCUGGCAGGAUUCUACUGCAUCCCAAACUUUCCUCACAACCACGGCGUGAAAUGGUUGACCCAGGAGCAAGCUCAAAUGGCACAGUACCGCAUGCUCGUCUCCUCAGGUGGAGUCUCUGAAGACGACGAUACCUCAGCCUGGAAGGGUGUCUGGCUUGCUUGCAAAGACCCUUUCACUUGGAUCUAUACAGUUCUGCACUUCGGACUCAUCGUCUCGCUGUCCGAANAGGACUUCUUCCCUUCGACUUUGGGUUAUUCCAAGCUCAUGACAUACUUGAUCCAGGCCCCGCCCUACGUAUUCGCCUAUAUCGCAACUUUGGUGAUUUCCUGGUCAGCAGGCCACUACAAAGAACAUUGCUGGCACAUUGUUUGUUCAUCCAUGCUGACCAUCGUCGGUACCGCAUGUGUAAUUGGCACUCUUAAUCCGGGGGUUCGCUACUUUGGAAUGUUCUUCAUGUGUGCAGGUCCUUUCGUCGGUCUGAAUAUUCAUGUUCCCUGGGAAACAACAAAUGUCUUCACACCUAGAUCAAAACGAGCCGCAGUCGUGUCCAUCACUAACUCGAUUGCCUCUGUCUCGCACUGGUUUACCCCUUACCUGUUUCUCACUAAGCAAGCACCGCUCUACCAGNAGGGUGGCGCCAUGAUUCUAUCAGGCGCUGUCUUGGGUAUUUUGGGUUGUUUGAUAUGCAAAUGGUACGUGAAGAGGCUCAACAAGAAGCUGGAGGAGAGCGAGCAAGCAAACAAUCUUCCUAAGGGCUGGCGCUACGUGGAGUAA